AUGAGCAUUGUAUCAAAUAUAGUCAGAAGGACACCAUUGUUCCUGUCAAAGACAUCAUCAGGUGCUUGCUUGAACAGAGCUGGAGAACAGUUUAGAUUGUCAAACAAUAGAAUGAGAAGUGGAAACGAAGAUGGUCCACUUCAUGAUCUACCAGACUUUCACUUUGCAGACGGAAGACCUGCACCAAUCACAGAGAAACAGAUGAAAUGGCAAAGAACAAGAGAGAAUAGAGAGGCUAUCAUCAAUCAGCUAAAGGCAGAGGUGAUUGCUGAGCAGAAGUACGUCACAGAUAAGAUUGCUGACUUCCAGACAAAGGUCGAUCAGAAGAUCAAAGAGAGAAGAGAGAAGAAGUCACAGAUCAACAAGUUAUUUAAUGAUAAGAAGCAAGACACUUCUUCGACACAGCAGCAACCAAGCCAAUAA